AUGUUUGGCGGUGGUGCGUCGGCGGAUGCUGCGCCGGCUAGCUCGCCGUUCAUGGCCGCGGCUUCGUCGAGCAACGGCAUCGGUGACGACGAGCCGGCUCCGCUGAAGGAGUGGAAGGCGGAGCGUGCGCAGCUCAUUUCCAGCCUCGAGGCAGAGGCCAAGGCGACCAAGACCGCAAACGCGGCUCGCGCCAAGGAGGAGCUCGCAGAGUUUGUUGCCGAGCGCACAAAGGUCAUCGGCGGGACCGCCAAGGCCAACCGCGACGCCGAGGAGGCCGGCCGCGAGAACCGCGAGAACACCGUCCAGCCCGGUGAGGAGUGGGUCCGCGUCAACGACCUCGUCGACUUUUCGCGCAAGGCCUCGUCCGAUGUCUCGCGCAUGCGCUCGCUCUACAUCUCGCUCAAGUCCAACCCGCCGCCGGCUGCUGCUCUGGCAUGAGCCGUGCCAAUCUUUCCCUCCUCUCCUUCCCGCCGUCUGCUCUAAACCCCGAAACUGAUGG